CGAAGCUCUGAAUCUAAAUACAUCAUUCCCUCCGCUCAUGGACGAGAACAAGUCUCAACCUCUCCAUGUCACAGGAAUACUCUUAUACCGUAUACAGAAACAGAUUGAAUUUUUAUUGUUAAACGAUACUUUUUCGCAUAAAAAACAUUGGACCGCUCCUAAGGGAGUAGUAAUUCGUCAAGAGGACGAACUAAAAUGUGCUCUUCGUAAUACAAUCGAAACCACUGGCCUUUCCGUAAACGAUUUGAGAAUUGAAGACGAUUUUAAAGCCGAGAUCACAUAUCUUUCCGAAACCCGACCUAAGAGAGUUGUUUAUUACCUCGCCCAAGUUUCGGAUCAUGCUCGAGUUUACACAAGUGGCGAAGGCCUCAAUUUUGCGUGGCUGUCCCUUAACGUCGCCACGGAAAAGGCCAUAUUCAAAAGUAUGCAAGAAAUUAUCAAGAAAGCAUACACUUAUAUUGACAAGAAAAAACCUAAAAAUCCCGAUCCGCCUCUACGAUCUCGAAUUGAUAAGAAUCAAAUCAACAGCGAUAGAUUAGAUUCUAGGAUGAAGGUCUUAAAUCUGGCUUUACCCUUAGAUUCUCAGCGUCAGGCGAUGUCCCGUCAGAGACUUGAGCUUGUUCGCGAGCGUCAGCAGCAUCAUCGUCCAGAGAAGAAUGGAAAUGGCUUCUCAUCACCCCUUCAUUCGCCAGUAAUGCCAUUCGAAAACCCUCUUUAUAAGACGCGUCUCUGCGAACGCUUUGAGACUGAGGGUUAUUGUCCAUACGGACCGAAAUGUACCUUCGCUCAUGGAACCGUCGAACUCAGGGAGAGGCCCUCCGGUGAGGAGAAAAUUGACGCACCACCAACUGCAAAAGAUGGACCGGAUAAUCCUUUGUACAAGACACGUUUGUGUGAGCGUUUUAUGAAGGAAAAUUUUUGUCAGUACGGGCCUAAAUGCAAUUUUGCUCAUGGCGAAGAAGAAUUGAGGGAAAGACCGAAUAUUGGUCAUAACAAUCGUGAUCAUGAAAAUCCCGAACCACAUGCUCAAGGCAACAAGCCCCAACACCCUCAUCAUCGACAAAACCAUGCUAACGAUGAUUCCGAAAAGAAGGUUUACCCUUCAGGUCCAAGCAUCACCGGAGGAUGGCGAUCAGAACGUUCGGAAAUUCAGAACGGAAUAUUUGGUCGCAUUGCAAUUCUAUCGGCCACUGAUUCAAUUAAUACGACAUCAAGCCCUCAAAUAGAAGAAACACAAGUCGAUCGAACACAAGAUGAAGCGAAAUUUGAUUCAGAGUUGGAAGGAAGAGGAGUGAUCGAAGAGCGUAAGGUGUUGAAUGAAGUCGAACGAGGUGAGACAUUCAACCACAAAAAUGAAGAUAAUCCGAAAGAACAAGAGGAAGAGACGAAAGAACACAAAGAGAAUUCAUUUAUACAGCAGAGUCCGGCUAUCAAAAAUGCAACUGUCAAGCGUCGCGGUGGAAAAGACAUAAUUGAUGGAGACGAAAAGCCAUGGAUGCAAGUGGUUGAAUUGUCUAACGUCGAACGCGAGCAACUAGGAAAAAUUAAGAAGACUGAUCAACAAUCGGUUGGGGACAAACGCUCUCACGACGAGGUUCUCAUUUCAGACCUUAAGAAAUUUUUUUCUCAAUCCCAAGAACAAAAAAAAACGAUUGCGGAUGAGAUUAAAGAGAUUACUCUCAUUGAAACCAGAAAAGAUCUGUCCAAGUCGCAACUAUUUAAUAUACUGAUUCCAAGCAUGUAUGAUGAAGCGACAUGGGAUGUAGUGAGCAAGGAUCUCACGAAAAAGGAAAAAUUAUUCAAAACGUUCGUUCGCUCGAGUCAGGAUCAUGUCACUUUCCUUAGGGCAUGGGAAAAAUUUUUGAAUCAACGGAAUACAAAUCUAUUAAACAAGGCACCGAUUCUCUUUAAGAUUUUUUAUGAUAAAGACUAUGUAGAUGAAGACGCCGUUCUGGAAUGGUAUAAUCAAGCCAAAGAUUCUAGUGAAGUGAAAAAGAAAUGUACAGUUUUUGUCAACUGGCUCAAAAAUGCCGAAGAAGAGGAAUAG